UAAUUUUAUGAAAUAUAGUUAAUACAUUAGGGGAUGUAAGGUUUACUACAGACUUUCAUAUUAUAAUUUUGUCGACUUAAUUAUAAACAUUUUUUGUACUACAUUACAUAGUUUCUGAUUCUCUGCGUUAAUUUGAUGGCCGGUACUGUAUAUAAACAAAACCUUUAUUUGUGUUUGUGAGAGCAUUCAGUUCAAUGGCGGGUUCCGCAAUUGCUUUGUUGCCGCUUCUUUGUUUGGUACUGACCUUAGAAAACUCACUGAUAGCCGCCCAAAUGAUGUCCUCGCUAGUGAAGCCAGGUGUAUUCCGUCACCUGAUGUGCCGUAAUAACAUGUAUCCACGAAGCUCUGUCCUCCGGUUCCCGGUGUCGGAUGAGCAGGUUUUCUGGACAGAGCCGUAUGCAGAUUACUGUCCGCCAGUUUAUACAGCGCCACACAUUGGUGGCCAGGUAUGGGCCGAUCCCCCCCUACCCAGCGAUUCGUUUCGGCCACAAUGGAACCAGCUCGAUGGCCAAGUAAACCGCAAGUCCUUCCAUGGCGCGUAUAAUGUGCAGGACGGUCUGCCCCUAAAUCCGAUCGGCCGCACUGGACUUAGUGGACGUGGUUCACUUGGCAGAUGGGGUCCAAAUCAUGCCGCUGACCCUAUAGUAACACGAUGGAAAAGGAACGACCAGGGAGUCAUUGUGGCCAACCCAACAACUGGCAAGAAUAUUUUACAAAUGGUAGCCAUUCAGCGUUCAGACAACAAACUUUGGGCCAUUCCCGGAGGCAUGGUUGAUCCCGGUGAGAAUGUCAGCGUGACUCUCAAGCGGGAGUUCACCGAAGAGGCGCUUAACUUCACUGACAAGGCCAACAUGGUGGAACAGUUUUUCCAUGAGGGAGGCGUCCAAGUGUACCAAGGUUAUGUUGACGAUUUCCGCAACACGGACAACGCUUGGCUGGAAACCACUGCCCUUAAUUUUCACGAUGAGGACGGAAGUCAAGUUGGCCAAUUGGAACUAAUGGCCGGUGACGAUGCCACCAAUGUACGUUGGACCGAGGUCGACUCAGGUCUGAAGCUGCACGCGAAUCAUGCAGAUAUUGUCCGAGAAGUGGUUAUCCGUCGAAAUGCGCACUGGUAGAAUCCAGAACCAGCCAUAAAAAACUUACUUUUAACCUAAAAUGCCACAUAAAGACGGCGGUAUCAGAAGAGAGUUCUCAACUCACAUCCUGACUACUCCAAAAAGUUAUAAUAUAGCAUAUGCAAAUUCACGACAACAUUGUAUUCCUGUAAAGAAACAACGAAACAGCGAUUCAGAUAGAACCGUGAAAUACAUUUUUUGCGAUGUCUAA